AUGGAAGCCAACCCUCCAUCUUAUGGACAAGCCACCACAGUGAACGCGUGGGAUCUCGUGGCCGAUUAUAUCCCUUCCUCUGACCUCUGCUCUGCCGCCCUGGUCUGCCAGCAAUGGCACGCAACAUUCGCUCCCCAUCUUUGGGGCAACCCUGCCUCUCAUUUUGGCGAUGAAAAUGACAGGGUAUAUGUCGCUCUGACUCGAUUCAUCCGUACACUUCCUUGGGCUAGACGUAGCGUUCGAUCCUUGACACAUACGCUCCAUCUUCCUCCAGCGCAUGCUGAAAUCUACAACGGCCCACAUGCAGACUGGCUGAGGGAGGUGCUUGAAGGUCUUCCAAAUCUGCAAUCGUUGAUUGUUCGCGGUUUGCCUUUCUUCGAUCAUGCAGCUCUUAACGCUCUCCGGUAUACUCGACUGUCCGGUAACAGAAACCAACUGGGCCCUGCUCAGACUCCGUUCGGCUUACGAUUGCUGGACGCGUCUCGUUGUAGCAACGUGACUGCGACAGGUCUGCAGCAAGCCCUCAGACGCUUCGACUCUUUACUCUAUCUCGACCUUUCUUGGACUUAUCCUGCCAAAAGUCCUGAAGUCCUUCGAAGCCUUAGCCAGUUUCGGGGUCUACAGGUUCUAAAGCUCCGAGGUAUCUCGCUUAAAGACGACGAUGUGCUCAUACUGGCAAACGCGAUCAAAACCCGAGUCCGGAGCUUGGAUCUUCGGGACAAUCAAUUGACUGAUCGGAGUGUGCGUGUCUUACUCGAUCAGUGCUUUACUCCACCCCCACGAAGGGACAACAAUGGUCGAGUCAUGUCUCCGUCGUUACUGCCCUAUCUAGGUGCUGAGAUGCUAGCCAUUUAUCGAGGAGUCAACUUCGAAGCCUUCCUGAGGAAUGAAUUUACAGGCAAAUUCGUCGGUCGUUUGGCUAUCGAGGAAGCUCCGGAGAGUGGCACCACCCAUCUCUACCUCUCGGACAAUCAGCUUACUGUUGAAGGGCUCUCUGGACUAAUUAGAUCAGGGAGGUUGCACGUACUCGAUGUCGGGAGUCUUUUGCCUGCGAUGGCUUCACAAGAUGGCUCAUUCAAAAUGGACUUUCCCAGUCUAGCCAAGCUGGCUCCAGUCUUAGCUGAGUCGGCAAGCCACAGUCUAACACAUCUGAGGAUCGACCACAGUCUGGUGACUGGAGAGUCGCCAACGAUGCAAGAAAUUGCGAAAGAGCCGAUACCUGGAUAUUGCGAGCUUGCAGACACCUCUGACUACCCAACUGGAGUUGCUGAGCUGGACCACGAUACAGGAGUCUGUGAGAUGAUGGGUGACACCUCUUUUCCGAUUGAGAUCUCUGGUGACGCUAUUCACGGUGCGGCGGUACCUAUAGACGUCGAGAAGCCCACAAAACACACACAGCAAGCACGAAGAAGGAGCCAAGAGCUUCCGAUACCUACCCGAAUAGAAGGAGCAAAUGAAGAUGGUCUACAUGUGACCCUGCUUGAGGAAGAAAACAAUGUGUCAAGGACUCUGACACCAAACUCAAGCCUUGCUACCCGCGGUCUUGGUCGUAGCUACUCGUCUGUUGUCAAAGAACGCAAGAGUCGAUUACAGUCAUGCCUGAUACAGGGCAAGGGCUUCCAACCGGGUCUCCUGCCUCAUCUGACCACCUUAGUCCUGACUGAAGUCCCGCCGUCCUCACCAACCCUAGACACGCCGAACAAACUGAUCUCAUUCGUACAGACCUGCGCCGAAGAGACAACUCUAGCAAAACUACAAGCACAACUAGACUGGACGCUUCCACCCGGCCGCAGAACAAGUUCCUCGUACCAGAAGGAGCUCGUACGCAGAUCAUUUGCUCUCGAGCAGCUCAUCCUCGAAGUCGCACCCUGCAGUCUCGCUGAGAAAAAGGCAGAAGCAGCAAGCGCAUGGAGACACCGUGGCACAAAAUCCGUAACUCAAGAUCAAGACAGUGAGGCCUUGUGGGCAGCCUCUCAAACCGACUUUUCCUUUUUCGGCGAGGGCGAGACAAACAGUCUAGAUACAUAUCUCGAAUCACAUGUACCACUCAAAAUCAUGUCUGGCAUGGAGGUUUAUGUCGGCCAUGGUCCAUCUACAUCAUCCAACCAUCCACCCAAGAAUCACAUCAACGAAACAUCGUCGGCGCCCCAAGUCGAUGUCAUAGCUGAACUCUCCAAGUUUCGAAAGGCGACUAAGUCUGCAUAUCAACAACGACAACAACAGGGAGAGAAAGAAGUCGACGUGCCGGGCUAUUGGGAUGGCAAUAUCAAAGUUGUCAGAGGGGUCAAAAAUACGGAUCCUAGGUCUGAGGACGAUGAGGUGUGGGCUGAUUACUACGGGAACCGGUUUUCGAAUGGUUAUCUGUAUCGUUGA